GUGACUCAAGAUAGCAACAAGAGUAUAUUCAAAUUAUAUAUCUAUAUGCUUAGAGAUAGCGCUGAUGACUCUUGAGUUCCAUAUUGUGGAGCUAAACAGUCAGGCCGGUCAGUGUACAGUCACGGCGAGUCACCAGCGCAGCGCUGAUUUGAAGAACAAGACGUUAAAAGGCACCUAAUCGUCCUAAUUCUAAGUGAAAAAUGGCCUCAAAGGUUAUUUCUUUUGAUUCUAAUUGUAUGACAUUAACACGGUUUGUACUUGCUGAACAACGAAAAGUUCCAUCUGCAACCGGGGACCUCACACAAUUGUUAAACAGUAUACAAACUGCUGUGAAAGCAAUUAGUUCGGCAGUUAGAAAAGCCGGCAUUGCUAACCUAUAUGGAAUUGCUGGAAGCACUAACGUUCAAGGCGAAGAAGUAAAAAAAUUAGAUGUUCUUAGUAACGAGUUGUUCAUCAAUAUGGUAACAUCUUCUUUCACAACCUGCUUGCUUGUAAGCGAAGAAAAUUCCACAGCUAUUGAAGUUGACAUUGAAAAGCAAGGAAAAUACAUUGUGUGCUUCGACCCUCUCGAUGGAUCAUCAAAUAUUGAUUGUUUAGUAUCCGUAGGUUCAAUAUUUGGAAUCUACAAAAAAAUAGAAAAUUCUAAAUUACCAUCAGUUGCCGAUGCCCUUCAACCUGGAAAAAACUUAGUAGCUGCUGGUUAUGCACUUUAUGGAUCUGCUACAAUGAUGGUUCUUUCAUUAGGCCAGGGUGUGAAUGGAUUUAUGUACGAUCCAGCUAUAGGAGAGUUUAUAUUGACAGAAAGAGAUAUGCGGAUACCUGCAAGAGGCAAAAUAUACAGCAUCAAUGAGGGCAAUGAAAAGUCGUUGGAUCCAGCUAUAAAAGAAUACUUGCACGCGAAAAAAUAUCCAGCCAACGGAAAACCCUACAGCGCAAGGUAUGUGGGUUCUAUGGUUGCCGAUGUACACAGAACUAUUAAAUAUGGGGGAAUUUUCAUGUAUCCUGCUACAAAGGAAAAUCCUAGUGGAAAGCUUCGUUUGUUGUAUGAGUGCAUACCAAUGGCAUACAUAGUAAGCCAAGCAGGUGGUCAAGCAUCUAAUGGUGAUAUCGAUAUUUUGGAUAUGAUUCCGAUGGACAUUCAUCAGAGAUCUUCAAUUUUCUUAGGCUCAACUGAAGACGUCCAAGAUAUUCUACAAUUUAAUAAAAAAUAUCAAAAGGAAUAGUACGAUUUAUUUAAAAUUAAUAUUUGUAGCUAAACGUGUACUGACAUUUUCUUGACAUAAACACAGUUCUU